AUGGUAUAUCAGACACGUUCAGUAACAAAUCGACGUUCUACCGGUGUUUAUAAUUUUUUGGCGCGUGUAAAAUAUUUGAAUCUCGCGUUAAAUAUUUACUAUAUUUUUUAGUCAAAUGUACAUUAGUUUCAAUCGAACCAAUUUCACAGCAAUAUAAAGACCGAUUAUUUUAACCUAUUAGUGUUUUGGAUAAAUACGUUUUUUUUUUUGUAUGGAAAUAAUAUUACACUGAUGCUACAAUACGACUGGAAUGGUUUAAACACUAAAACCAUAGUAUUGUCUUAAUAUUCAGGAUUCAGACUUGUGCAGUGUUUUGAAUGGUGCAAAACAAUCCAAUAUUAUUUUGUCCGUCACCAGUCGAUCGUCAUGCAAACAAAAUCAUUUUUGUCGGUGUUCAUCGUAUUGGCCACUGUAUUGCAGUCGUGUCGACCAAUAUCUCUAAAUGCGCUGUCGUACUUAGGUGACCGUUACCGAUCGAAUCUCAUACCGUUCCGCGAAGAUGUGCUGUUUGGCAACAAGCCCAUAUUGGACCAGUAUGAUUUCAUCGUGGUCGGCGCCGGAGCCGCGGGUGCCACGGUAGCCCGGAGACUUGCCGAAGUGCCCGAAUGGAAAAUCUUGCUGUUGGAAGCCGGCCGCGAAGAAUCGCUGGCCACUUCCACUCCGGUCGUGGCUCAUUAUUGGCAAUUCACCGACUACAAUUGGGCGUACCGGACGGAAGAAGAACCGCGGGCGUGCUUGGGCAUUAAAAAUAAAAAAUGCCUGUGGCCGGCCGGCAAGGGGCUAGGCGGGAGCACGAUAAUAAACAACAACAUCUACACCCGGGGCAACGUCAGGGACUUUGACCGCUGGGCCGAGGCCGGCAACGAAGGUUGGUCCUACAAGGACGUGUUGCCGUACUUUUUGAAAAACGAAGACAUCACCGUACCCGAACUGAAACACUCGCCUUACCACGGUGUGGGAGGACCGAUGCCCAUAAGCUAUUCGCCGUUUAAAUCCAAGCUGCUCGACGCGUUUAUCGAAUCCGCCCCGGAAGUGGGAAUGCGGGUGGUGGACUACAACGAGCCCGGCAGCCACGUGGGAUUCUCGAGGAUCCAAGGAACGAUCAACUACGGUAGACGGACGACGUCGGCCAAGGCGUACUUAAGGGGCAACCUGACCAAUCUCCAUAUUGUCGAAGGGGCGUUCGUCACGAAAGUGUUGAUCGACCCGAAGACCAAAAUCACGCUGGGAGUUGAGUUCGAGAAGAAAAACCGAAAACGGCGGGUGCUGGCCAGGAAAGAAGUGAUCGUGUCGGCCGGUACUUUCAAUUCGGCCAAACUGCUCAUGUUGUCCGGUGUCGGGCCCAAGGAACACCUGGAAUCCCUGGGAAUACCCGCGUUGAGCGACCUGCGAGUCGGAGACAACCUACAGGAACAUCCGGCGUUUGCGAGCUUGGCGUUCACGGUCAACGAGACCGUCGGCUUGAUUCCCGAAAGAAUGUUCAAAAGCCUUUUGAAAGAACUAUUCAAUUUCCUCGACGGUAACGGAUGGUUGACGACGAUGGGUUGCGAAGGCCUUGGAUACGUUAAGACCAAAUACAACACGGAUCCCGGAGACGUGCCGGAUAUCGAAUACAUUUUCGUGCCUAUGACACUGGCCGGGGAAGAAGGACUAGGAGGCGGCGUGCUCAGGAGAUCUAUGGGCAUAUCGGACGUCGUCGAAAACGAUUUGUUCAAAGGCCUUUACAACAAGGACGGUUGGUCCAUUUGGCCUAUGCUCAUGUAUCCGGAAAGUAGAGGACAGGUACGACUGAGAAACGCUAAUCCCCAUUCGAAACCUAUGAUACGAGCUAAUUUCUUCGAGGACUCGGUCGACUUGAACCGCAUCGUAGAGGGAAUCAAAAUGAUAAUAGAGCUGAGUAAAACGAAAGCCUUUCAGAAAUAUGGGUCUACACUGAACACACGACCCAUGCCCGGUUGCAAGCAUUUACAGUUUGGUUCGGAUUCGUACUGGGCUUGCUGCGUGCAGAGGUUGACCAUGCAAAUGCAUCACCAGAGCGGUACUUGCAAAAUGGGUCCUGAUUAUGACAAAAACGCCGUUGUCAACUCUCAGCUUCUGGUGUACGGUAUCUCUAAGCUCAGGGUAAUCGAUUGUUCGAUUAUGCCGACAAUAACCGGGGGUCAUACCGUAGCACCGGCUUACAUGAUUGGCGAAAAAGGAGCAGACUUAGUAAAAUCUACAUGGUUAGACCCGGUAAAUACUGCGUUUUAACAUCAUUUGUAACCAGCAUGUUAACUAAAAACAAAAAUGAAAGACUUAAAAUGAAUACAUUAAAUAUAAUUUCGAUACCUCUUUUUCUCUAGAAAAAUAAGUUUAAUUUAUGCAUACUAUGUAAUACCUUAAUUACCUAUGUCUAGCGUCCCAUUUUCAGUUUAUUUUUAAAUAACUCAUGUACUCGACACUAAAAUUAUCGUUUUGAAAAUUGGUUAUUUAAGACUAAAAAAAAAGUGUCCUGGUUUUUUGACAUAUAUUAGGUGUUAAGUAUUGUAAUUAUUCAAUACUAAGGUGAUAAAAAUAACAGUUGUCAAAAAUACGACUUGUAAAAGUUGUAAUAUCCUUGAUAUAUCCUUGAAUUAAUAAUCAGUGACAAGAUUAAAAUUGUUGUUUUUUUAAAAAUUAUUGAAAAGUAUGUUGGUCUAUUAAAACACUACUUCGACCAAUCAUUUUUCAAAAUCAUUACGGAAAUGGUUUUUUUGUAAUUUUGAAAGUCACUAACAAUUAACACUUACAUGCAUAAUUAAAACUGUUUUAAACCCCGCUUAGAAUGAUGUAAAGUACCUAAAGCAAUUAUUUUUAAAUAAACUGAUUUUUUUAAAUAUUUUAUUAGAUACUCAGAAUCAAUAAUAAUAAUGAAGAAAUCUUAAAGAAACACUUUAUGUGUUUUACAUUUUUGCUUAAGACCAACGUUUAAUUAAUGACACACUAUUGAAUUGAACUUUAAUAUUAGCUAAACUAUUGAAUUAAAAUAGUAGAACAUAAAUUUAAAAUCAAAUAAUUUUUUUUUGCGUUGUAUCUUAAAAUUAUAUUCACUAAUCUGGUUAGCUGAUUAGUUGUUAGCAAAAAAUUAAAACAAACUGAAAUAAUUAAAUUAAAUUAAUCAUUUCAUUUCAUCAACACUUCCGGGAUAAUAAAGUUUUUUUCAUUUUCUGGUAUUUUUAAUAAAAUACCUAGUCGCCAUCCGUUAAUUAUAUACGAUUAACGAGAGGUUAACGUGUCUUGCGUUUAUACAUUUCUAUUACAAAAUUAUUAUGCAAACGAUCUACUUAAAAACACCAACGUUUAUUUAGAUUAUAGUAAAAACGAAAAAGCUGCGUCUUACCAAAAUAUGUGUAAGUAAUAAAACAUUUGUUCACAAAAAAAAUGUUUACAAAAUAUAAUAAAACGUUCGAUUGAGUGAUGUAUAUUUUUUAUUGUAUUAUAUCAAUAUUUUAUGUAUAUAAUAAUUAUUGAGCGUAUCAUAGUUGCUUAACAAAUGUGUUUGUAUGUAGAAUAGCGAAAAAAUUAUAUAUUGUUGUAAACAUAUUAUAUAUUAAAAUGUAUAUGUAAUUAUAAAAAAA